UGCUAACCCGCACUCUAUGGUCUGUGACGUAGUACGGAAGCCUAACACGGUCAAUUCCCGUGCGCAGUGAGUUCGCGAGCAGCGUGUCUAUGGCUGGCUUGGAGGACAGUGCCGUGGUGUUUAGACGCGGAGCCGGCCAGGUACCAAUAAGCACACAGCCUGCUGGGGGGAAUAUCCGAGAGGUUAUACUGGUUAUACAAUCUGAGGGAUCAUGCCUGGCACAGGACUCCCCCCAGCUUCCUGUAACACUGCAACUCCUAUCAUGCUUGGGCUGAGCAUCAUGGGAGUUGGAGUUCUAGAACAGCUGGUAUACAGUCUCCAUAUAGGGGUCUGUCUAUAUACCCUGGUAUACAGUCUCCAUAUAGGGGGUCUGUCUAUAUACCCUGGUAUACAGUCUCCAUAUAGGGGUCUGUCUAUAUACCCUGGUAUACAGUCUCCAUAUAGGGGGUCUGUCUAUAUACCCUGGUAUACAGUCUCCAUAUAGGGGGUCUGUCUAUAUACCCUGGUAUACAGUCUCCAUAUAGGGGGUCUGUCUAUAUACCCUGGUAUACGGUCUCCAUAUAAGGGGUCUGUCUAUAUACCCUGGUAUACAGUCUCCAUAUAGGGGGUCUGUCUAUAUACCCUGGUAUACGGUCUCCAUAUAGGGGGUCUGUCUAUAUACCCUGGUAUACGGUCUCCAUAUAGGGGGUCUGUCUAUAUACCCUGGGAUACGGUCUCCAUAUAGGGGUCGGUCUAUAUACCCUGGGAUACGGUCUCCAUAUAGGGGUCUGUCUAUAUACCCUGGGAUACGGUCUCCAUAUAGGGGUCUGUCUAUAUACCCUGGUAUACAGUCUCCAUAUAGGGGUCUGUCUAUAUACCCUGGUAUACAGUCUCCAUAUAGGGGGUCUGUCUAUAUACCCUGGGAUACAGUCUCCAUAUAGGGGGUCUGUCUAUAUACCCUGGUAUACAGUCUCCAUAUAGGGGUCUGUCUAUAUACUCUGGUAUACAGUCUCCAUAUAGGGGUCUGUCUAUAUGCCCUGGUAUACAGUCUCCAUAUAGGGGGUCUGUCUAUAUGCCCUGGUAUACAAUCUCCAUAUAGGGGGUCUGUCUAUAUACCCUGGGAUACAGUCUCCAUAUAGGGGGUCUGUCUAUAUACCCUGGUAUACAGUCUCCAUAUAGGGGGUCUGUCUAUAUACCCUGGUAUACAGUCUCCAUAUAGGGGAUCUGUCUAUAUACCCUGGUAUACAGUCUCCAUAUAGGGGGUCUGUCUAUAUACCCUGGUAUACAGUCUCCAUAUAAGGGGUCUGUCUAUAUACCCUGGUAUACAGUCUCCAUAUAGGGGGUCUGUCUAUAUACCCUGGUAUACAACAUCCAUAUAGGGGGUCUGUCUAUAUACCCUGGUAUACAAUCUCUAUAUGGGGCGUCUGCUCUAUACCCUGGUAUACAAUCUCUAUAUGGGGGGUCUGUCUAUAUACCCUGGUAUACAAUCUCCAUAUAGGGGUCUCUCUAUAUACCCUGGCUUUUAAGUAAUUUUAACUCAUUGUUCUUCUACAUAUGUGGCCAAAAGGUAGAUCCCCAGCUGUUGCAGAACUACAAACGUAUUGUGAUUCUGGUAAAGGAUUAUUGAAAUUGUAGUUUGACAACAGCUGUAAAUUUAGGUUUUGGCUGAUGUGUUCUAAAUGUGAACAUUUUUCCCCAAUCAAAGCUUGUAUUUUUACCCCAGUGUCAUUCUGCUUCCCCUAGCAUGUCACAUGUGAGGUGGUUGAAAUUAGCUUUUUGUUGUUUGUUUUUCUCUUUAGAGUGACGAUUCCGAUAUCUGGGAUGAUACAGCACUGAUAAAAGCCUAUGAUAAAGCAGUGUCCUCAUUUAAGGUAAUGCUGCAUUUAAUUAUUAUUUGAGAGAGAGAGAGAGAGAGAGAGAGAGAGAAUUGAGUGCUAACCAGUAUUGAUGUUGAAUCCGUAUUGUUCACAGAAAAAUGGUCACAGUUUACCCAAAUGCUGACGGAGUUAAAUGUGUUAAUUGUAUUAUCCGUUUGGAAUAAUGAUCUGUGCAUUUUGCAGUUUUGAUUAUUUUUUUCCUUUUCAGAAAGCUCUGAGGAAUGGAGAUUGUGCUAUGGAUUCCCCGACACCUGAAAAAAACGCCAGUGCAAAAAGAAAAAACAAGAAGAAGAACAAAAGUAGAAAGAAAAGCAAUACAACCCCUGUGAAAAAGGUGAUCCAUUAUUGGGGUUUCACAAAGUUAUUUAAUAAUGUGAGAAUUCAAGGUGAAUUUCAACUUUCAGGCCAAGGUUGCUGUGCUGGAAGCACGACUAACUGAGAUGGUUUUUAUAUUUUAUAGAUAUUGGCCUGAAAGGAACACUAAAGGGUCAGAAACUCAUAUGUAUUCCUGACCAUAUAGUGUUAAAACCCCUUCAGCCACUUACCUUUAUCCAGCGCCGGGCUCCCUAUGCGCUGGUGACCUCUCCUCCACCUCCGACGUUGGCUCCUGAGUGGAGCCGAAUGCGCAUGCGCGGCCAGAGCCGCAGGCGCAUUAAAACGCCCAUAGAAAAGCAUUAAUGCUUUCCUAUGGACGUCCAGCGUCUUCUCACUGUGAUUUUCACAGUGAGAAUCACGGAAGCGCCUCUAGCAGCCUUCCGUGAGACAGCCACUAGAAGCUGGAUUAACCCUCAGUGAAACAUAGCAGUUUCUCUGAAGCUGCUAUGUUUUCAGUUGCAGGGUUAAAACUAGGGGGACCUGGCACCCAGACCACUUAAUUGAGCUGAAGUUGUCUGGGUGCCUAUAGUGGUCCUUUAAGAUCUGAAAUUCACUUUAAAUUCUCAGCUUAGUUAAUAACACCGUGUGUGAAUAGGAUGCAUUAGUUUUUCUUUGUGUCCCACUCUCCUUCAUGCCCUACAUAUCUAAGCAUCAGCAGAUAUGACAAUCGCCAUGCACAAGGAACAUUUGCCAGCCGCUAGUUUCUUGUUGCCAUGUCAGUCUGAUGCACUGGGCUUUGUCUAGCUCUUUGUAAUUGGGACCAUACUUGAGUAUAAUGAUAUAAAGAGAUUUCACUGAUUAUCUGGUCUCUAAUUAGUGGGAUUAAAACAAGCAUUUUUAGGGCAAAGUUCCAAAAGAAUAUACUUUUUCUGAUCCACAUUUAGGUUCUUGACACAAAAUGUAAUGUUUCUGUUUAAUAGUGUUUUUCUCGUUAUUGAGGUAUAGGGAAACCAGGACAUACACAGAAUGAUAAAGUGAACAUUCAUCGUGUGCACACAAUACUAUCAUAUUACAAGGAAAAAAAACAGAUUGCUUUUUUUUUUGUUUGUUUUUUUUUGGUACUUCACCUUUAAGGGCCCACAUACAUGUUUUGUGAUUUUCACUAUUGAGUUUUUAAUUGUAGUGGGAGUUUCCUUGUGACCGCUGAGGUAUUCUUUAAGUCCCAUGUACAUUAUACAAAUAUAUUCGGGGUCAGUACAAACCAUUAUCUGGAAAUCUAUUCAUAAACAGGGCUAUACAUAGGAUACGAGGUCACACAUUUAGGCUGGAAGAAAGUAGAUUUUGUCUAAGGCAAAGAAAAGGUUUUUUUACAGUAAGAGCAAUAAGGAUAUGGAAUUCUUUGCCUAAAGAGUUGGUUUUAUCAGAGUCCAUACAGAUAUAAACUGCAAUUGGAUAAAUACUUGCAAAAACAUAACAUUCAGGGAUAUAAUUUCUAAUUAGUGGGGUAAUAGCUGCUUGAUCCAAGGAGACAUCUGACUGCUAUUUUGGGGUCAAGAAGGAAUUUCUUUCCUAGUUUGUUGUAAAAUUGCAAUCGCUAGGUUUUUUGCCUUCUUUUGGAUAAACAGCAAAAACAUAUGCGAUGAAGACUGAACAUGAUGGACACAUAGUCUUUCAGCUAUGUAAUAGUGUCAUUAAUCUUUCAGGCCUGGAGUUCAUAUUUCUGUAUAUUUCAAGAAUGCUUGAGGUGACCAAUAUUCUCAGUGAGCAUAUGUGGCCUCAUUACAAGAGUGUUUGUAUAUCUCUUAUAGUACAUCCAGUUUUCUAAAAUUGCACAUCCUUUUCUCAUAGUGAAUUGCUCACUUCAUUCUUCAAAAAUGUUAUCUAUAUUUUUUCCCUCUCUCAGUGGAAGGUAGGAGAAGCCUGUAAUGCAAUGUGGUCUGAGGAUGGAAAUGUUUACCCAGCUACUAUCUCUUCCAUCGAUGGAAAAAGAGGGACUUGUAUAGUUGUUUAUACUGGGUAUGGCAACAGUGAAGAGCAGAAUCUGUGUGACUUGCGAUUCCCAGACAGUUCUGAAGUGGAGAGUGACCAGAAAGAUCAAGAGCUGGUAAGAAACAUGUGCUCCCCGCCACUGAGUCUCAUUUGAAGUGUGAACACUGUGAAAUGUUAUAAUUUCAAUUCUGAGCUCUAAUAAGUUAAUGGAACUAAUUUGGAGCUUGUUAAGGAAAGUACCAGGAUAUGUAGACAUUUCAUUGUUUCUAAUCCCAAGUGUGGUCCAUUUGGGGCCAAAUUUAGAGGAAAUCUGUUGCUGUGAAUAUUAUGACUGUAACCAUAUUUCAAGAUUCUGGUUAAUUUAAACAUUUGACGGCACCAUGUUGGUUUUUUUUCAGUACACAUGUCACCCUGUAUAUGAUCUAGGAAAUAUAAGUGUAAACUUUGACACAUAUUUGAAGCCCAUACAACAUUCAGCCUACUAUAUAUACCUUUUUGUACCUGCAACGUGUUUUCUAAAAAAACAAAAACAAAAAAAAACCCUAUGGUUCUUACCCUGUGCUAGUAUAUUUCCAGCGGGCUCAACAUGUAUCGAUAUUCCUGAUUCUUUUGCUUGUCCCUUUCCUGGGGAAACAACCUACACUUAAAUAUGUCAUCAAACUUCAGUCAGAAAAUAUUUAUUGUUCCAAGUGGCUCUUCCUCAUAGGCCUAUCACUGCUUUCUGUUCAACACACCUGGAGGAUCAUGUUAUAAUGUAAAUGGUAACAGACUGGGUGGUCUAUUGAUUGCAGUUACAAAUGUGGGGUUCAUUGGAGAGGUGUUGCAGUGUUGAGUCUGGUAAUUAAAUGGGGGGAAAUGUAAGUACAAAGCUUAAAACAAAGUAUUCAUGGAGACUGGGAGGAGUAGAAAAUGGUAGAGUAAAUUUUGUAAUAUUUGCAGCAGGAAGGGUGACAUACAGAGGAGACAGUUUUUGUAGUGUUGUGUACUUAUAGCGUGCACCAAUCUGUUUCUUAAAGCGGCACUGUCAUGCCGAAUCCCGUUUUUUUUUUAACCCCCCUCCCGCCUCCACUACAUCCAAUUGACCCACUAGUCACCCCCAAAUGCCCCUAAGCCCCCCACAUUACCUAUUUUAAAUCCUUAUUUUCUGCCCCGAUCUUGAUUCAGGGCGCAGCCAUCUUUGUGUGGGUAGGUGAAGUCCCUCAGGGACACGUCAUCAGCCCACACUAGGCAGACUGUGAGAUUCCCGCACAUGCCCAGUGAAACACCUGGACAUGCGAACGGGAAUUUCAUCUAUUCAUUCAUUCAUCAGACAGACGAAUGAGUGAAUAGAAAUAUCAGCCGAACAAACAAACACAAUGUAUCAGUGUUUGUUUGUUCGUUCAGUUUAUUACAAGGAGGGAGCUACCGGCAUGCAGCUCCCUCCUUGUAAUAUGUAACUAUAGAAGUGGCAGGGAGCAGUGCUCCCCACCACUUCAUAAGCCCCCAGUACCCCCUCUCACUCUAUGGGGGUCAAUAUGACCCCCAUAAUAGCACAAGGGAGAUUUAAAUCUCCCAAAUGCCCCUACUCACUAUACCGCGAGUAGGGGCAUGUCUACUAAACAGUGAGCAGCCUGUGGCUGCUCACUGUUGAAAAAAAAGACAUAAAUUACAAUAAGGGGGGGCGGACCUAUUGUCCUCCCCCCCUCCCCCACCCUGAGCGGCGGGUGGGGGCCAUGAAGAUAAUGAGGGGGGGACCUACUGUCCUCCCCCCGGCCCCCACCCCUGAGCGGUGGGUGGGGGCCCUAAUAAAACAAUAAGGGGGGGGACCUACUGUCCUCCCCCCCUGGCCCCCACCCCUGCGCGGUGGGUGGGGGCCCCCAGUAAAACACAAGGGGGACCUACUGUCCUCCUGGCCCCCACCCCCGCCGGGUGGGUGGGGGCCCCAGUAAACAAUAAGGGGACCUACUGUCCUCCUGGCCCCCACCCCUGAGCGUGCGGUGUGGGGCCCCAGUAAAAAGGGGACCCACUGUCCUCGGCCCCCACCCCCUGAGCCGGGUGGGUGGGUCAACACAAGGGGACCCACUACCUUCGGCCCCACCCCGCGGGGUGGGGGGGCCCCAGUAAAACAAUAAGGGGGACCUACUGUCCUCCCCCCCUGGCCCCCACCCCUGCGCGGUGGGUGGGGCCCCUAAUAAAACAAUAAGGGGGGGGACCUACUGUCCUCCCCCCCUGGCCCCCACCCCUGCGCGGUGGGUGGGGGCCCUAAUAAAACAAUAAGGGGGGGACCUACUGUCCUCCCCCCCCCGGCCCCCACCCCUGAGCGGUGGGUGGGGGCCAUGAAGAUAAUGAGGGAGGGGGGACCUACUGUCCUCCCCCCCCUGGCCCCCACCCCUGCGCGGUGGAUGGGGGCCCUAAUAAAACAAUAAGGGGGGGAGGGACCUACUGUCCUCCCCCCCCGGCCCCCACCCCUGAGCGGUGGGUGGGGGCCCUAAUAAAACAAUAAGGGGGGGGACCUACUGUCCACCCCCCCCUGGCCCCCACCCCUGAGCGGUGGGUGGGGGCCCUAAAUGAAACACCCCCCCCCAAUCAAGGUGACUAGGGGUCCCAAGCCCCUAGUCACCAACCCCCCACCCAAAAAAACCUAUCCCCUACCUACCCCCCUCACCCCACAAAUAGUGAGGGGGGAAUAAAAUAACUAACCUGUAAAAAAAAAAAAAAAUUAAACUUACCAUUUGACGUCUUCUUUUUUCUAAAAUCUUCUUUCUUCAGCCCCCAAAAAGGCCAAAUAAAAAUCCAUUACACCCGUCGCACUUUAAAAAAAAAAAAAACCGAGCGCAAAAAAAAAUUAAUCCAAGUUCGCCCUUCGAGGGCACGCCGCAGACUGAGCUCCGCAGGGCGGGUCAAGGCUUAUAAAGCCUUGCCCCGCCCUGCAAUUAGGCUUAGAACACUCUGAUUGGUGGGUUUAAGCCAAUCAGAGUGCUCUGAGUCAUUUUACACAGCGUGGGAAAAUUCAAAAAGAACUUUCCCACGCUGUGUAAAAUGACACAGAGCACUCUGAUUGGGUGGCUUGAAAGCCACCCAAUCAGAGUGCUCUGAGUCAUUUUACACAGCGUGGGAAAAUUCAAAAGAACUUUCCCACGCUGUGUAAAAUGACUCAGAGCACUCUGAUCUUUACUUAGUAUUAGUAAAGUUGGCUGUUAGACCAAUUUAGGUCUUUCAGCCUUUUAGUAGAUAGCUCCCUGAUACCGUGGGAAUUAGGGAGUUAUCUACUAAACGGCUGCAAGAUGCAGCCACAGCAAUGAAUAGGAUCAGAGUUUCAUUCAUUAGAAUGAAAUUCUGAUUCGAAUAAAGUGCCGAAUUGCGUUCUAAAAGAAACGAACAGACUGUUGUCAUUCAGUUAGAACGCAAUUCGGCAGUUUUGUGGAAAGUGACAGGAAGCAUUGUGGGAACACAGAGGGAAGGAAAGGAUCAUGGGAAAAUUGCUCUGACCAGCGGAAAUGAAGCACACUUUGCUCCUCCGCUGGUCAGAGCUGGUCAAGCGGAGGAAUCCUCCAUAAGGCAAAGAGUCCCUACUUUGUCUUAUGAUUUUAAAGAAAACUAAAGAAGAAAAGGAAGAAAAGAAUAACAGAUCCUGAGAGAGGGGGAGAAGAGGAAGAGAUUGAGGAAAGGUAAGUUCGGCAUGACAGUGCCGCUUUAACUAGGGGAGUAUAUUUACAAAGACUGUUAUGUCUAGGUGGGUCUGAAUAUAAACUUUAGGUAUGGUAAGUUAAUUUACAAAGUUCUCCUACCUGCCAACCUCUUUAAAGUGGAUCUGUCAAUUUUGGACAGAUUUGGCGUGGGUCCGGUGGCCACAGGGUGCAGAGACGGUGUUACUCAUGGCCGCCGCCAUCUUUAUCAUGCAGGUUCACUUGCCAGAAGCCAUGUCAGUGUGCGCGAGAGUGGAGGAUCCCACAGCUGUCACUUGUGAUGGCUGCUGGGAUUGGACAAAAGUUGACGGCGGAGACCCACCUUUUGUAAAUUUCAGGCUAUGCCAUAAGGCAAGGUUAUCCCUACUUUGUUUUGUGGCAGGGUUAGGGAACCUUCAGCACUCCAAAUGAUCAUUAUGGGAGCUGUAUUCCACAACAUCUUGUGUGCUGAAGGUUGCCUACCUCGUCUUCCAGUAUCUUUGGAUUGCGUUGGAAUUUAAUGACAUUCCAACGCAGUCUGAAUUCAUUUUUCAUAAAGAUUAUAUCUUAGAAAAUACAGAGAAGUGACAGAUCCGUGUUAAUCUGUGCAUUUGAAAUGUAGUACCAGUAUGAGCCAAAUAUUUUGUGGAGGGAGGACAAAUAACACUCCCAACACACUCCUUUUAUUAAAAUUUUCUUUCUUCCAAUCACUAAAAGACAUUUUAUUGUGUGUGUGUGUGUAUGUAUGUAUGUAAGUAUAUGUAUGUAUGUAUAUAUGUGUGUGUGUGUAUGUAUAUGUAUAUGUGUGUGUGUGUAUAUAUAUAUAUAUAUAUAUAUAUAUAUAUAUAUAUAUAUAUAUAUAUAUAUAUAUAUAUAUAUAUAUAUAUAUAUAUAUAUAUAUAUAUACAAAAACACCAACAAGUGUAAAGCAUAAUUCAUACAAAAGUAACUAUAUAAAGAGCCUAAUAGUUAAUCUUCUUUUACUUUAUGUUUAUGUUCUAGGAUGUGAAUGGAGAUGAACAUUCAACUGACGAAAGUGAAUUGUCUUCUAGAUCUACUAACAAAGAUCACCAUGGACGAACCUCACCAUUGCCUCCACCCUGGAACUCUUACUUCCCUCCCGUUCCACCUCCACCGUUUAUGCCAGGCUUCGGCAGGGUAAGAAUACUUUCUUAAUAUAUUACUGGGCAUUAUGCAGUGAGUAUCUGAAGUGAAACAUAAAAAUAGAAUAGUUUUUUUUUUUUUUUUUCUUUCUUUGGACUGUCAGUGUAUCCCAUCGUUUUGCUUUUUAGACAGGACAGAUUUUAUUCAUUUAGCCGUAAAUUUUGUGUAAGGUUUCCUGUGCCACUUCAGGUGACCAGGUCAAUAUCUGGGAAGUUCUUACCAAGCGUUAAACUUGUAUGCCCGUCUCUGAUGGUGGUUUAGGUGAUUAUAAGAUUGCAUUAUAAAAACUUGUAGAUCUAUUUAAUACUAAUUUCCUUUCAGCAUGGUGAGAAAUCAAACCCGGGCCAUUCCUACCUUUCAGGUUGGCCCCCACCCUUUUCUCCAGGACCACCAGUAAGUCACAGAAUUAUAUUCAGUUUUAUGUUUUAUGUUUCAUGUGUGCUUUCAUCUCCUACUAGUGUCUAGACCUUUUUUCAAAACUUAACUGUGCCUCCUAUUUGCUAAGAUCAAGAGAAAAUAAGUUGGCGUGACUAAAACAAAUCACUGGUAUCAAAUUUAGUUUAUUACAAUAUGUAAUGGAAAGGAUGUUAAGCCUUCCAUCGGAGCAUAGAGGCAAGCCUUCAUCACUACUGAGCUCAAUAUUCUUAUGUUGCAAAUACAUUACGUGUGGGAGGGAGUGACCUGGGUACCAGGUGACACUUCUUUCUUCUCAAAGUGGACUUGUUAUGACGAGUUAAUUUAAUGUAAUAACCGCUCCUAGAGCAAUUAAUAUUUCUUUUAUCUUAAUAAUAAUAUAUUUAAUUACUUAAUUGCUUUAGGAGCUGCUAUGAAGUUACCUCCUUGCCAGCAUUACUAUGUUACACAGUCUGAUGUUAGUAAACUGCUACAUUCAUUCUCUAGUCCCUUCAUGGUCCUGCCACUCUAAUUGCGAUCGGCCCCCUUUUGGGAGCACUUCCCCAGCAGGUCAAUCCUCUUCCAUGUCACUGACACACUUCUUUCAUUGGUUGGGCAUCAGAACAGAAUAACACUGACAGGGAGCAAACAUUCUUGUACUCUCCUCCUAUAGAGGUCUAUACUGUGAAGCAAUUGGCAUUUUUGUUUGUUUUAAAACAUCUAUAGAGUUGCUUGCCGUUCUGUGAGCACAGUGAGGUAGAUAUUUUUAUUUUCUUUCCCUUUUACUUAAAGGGACUCUAUAGCGUUGGGAAUGAACCUGUAUUCCAAACACCAUAGUGCUGCUGUCAGAAGCAAAUGAAAUAAAAUAGAAACAAUAAAAAAAAAAAAACACACUUUCUGGGAGAAGUUAAUUUCAAAUUACUUGUGCCCUAAACUAUUCUGCAGAGUACCUUGUCACUCUUGGUAUCCAAAAUUUCUAAACUGUUGGAGGUGAUCAGAGAAUCCAAGUUUACAUUUGUGGUAAAACCAAAAACCGUCUUAUAAUGAUUUGUGUGUGUUCUAGUUGAUUCCGCCCCCUCCUCCAAUGGGCCCAGAUACCACUGAAGAUGAUGAGGCCUUGGGAAGUAUGUUAAUUGCCUGGUACAUGAGUGGCUAUCACACCGGUUAUUAUUUGGUAAGUUAAAAUUUGUUACACACAGAUAACUGUCCCAACCUAUUGGCUUAUUUAACGCACUAAGCAAAAUUUGUCACCAGUUUUUUUGUUUGUUUUUUUUGGUUUGGUUUUGCUGUUGGGCCCCUUUCAACGUGGGGUUGUGUAAUGUAAUAUUGAAGCCUGCAUUUAGUUAGAUUUUUAGUUAUUACUUUUCUCUGAGCACAUUCCGACUACAGCUAAAUUCCUGAUUUAUUUAACAGUUCUUAUAUAUUCUUCUUAUCCACUUAACAGAUCGUUAAGCAAACCACUAUAGAUUCUUGUUAAACAAGUUGCCCAUGAACAUCAGAUCUGUAGUUCACAAGCCUAUAUAGAGGAGCAUUAUUGUUUUUAAACUUCAAAUCCAUCACUCUAGAACAAAAUUCUAACCUGUAGAGGAUGUUGAUCUUAAAUAAUUGUUGCAGUGUUAUUAGAUUGUGCUGUCUAUAUUGCAUUAUAGGGGUUAAAACAGAGUCGAAUGGAGGCUUCAUAUGGAAAGUAUCCCCCACCCAAAUAACUGAAAAUUCAUGAACAUGUAAGUAUUCAAUGAAACAUAAACUGUGAUAUAGAUACGGGGAAUAGUGAUGUCCCGAACUGUUUGUCGAACGGUUCGCCGUGGACUCAUCAUUGAGUAAACUUUGACCCUCUACCUCACAGUCAGCAGUCACAUUCCAGCCAAUCAGCAGCAGACCCUCCCACCUCCUGGACAGCUCACUAAGAAUGCAGCUUCACAAUGGAUGCUGUCCAGGAGGAGGGAGCGUCUGCUGCUGAUUGGCUGGAAUGUGUCUGCUGACUGUGAGGUACAGGGUCAAAGUUUACUCAAUGAUGAGUCCGCGGCGAACAGUUCGGAAUGAAUGAGCAAUUAGAAAAUUAUGUCUUCAUAGCAAUAGAGCUCCACUAUACAUUACAUCUAACUUUAUAUUUUGAUAUUGGAAGAGUGCUCCUGCACCAGUGUGACCUGCCGGAAGAUAAUGUAUUUAGGAUCUGAAGUGGAACCUCACCACAGUUAUGAGUGAUCAUGGUCAGCCUAGAAGGAGAGGAAAGAUGGUGGAGAUGUUGCGUAGGAACCAAUUGUAAGAUGUGUAAGCCUGCUGCGUCACAUACACAACUAGACCAUCGAUGGUACAGGGAUAUGUGGAAAGAGGAGUAAACUGAGCUAGAGAACGUAAGAUUGAAGUAGAGAAAUGUGGCUGUGCAAGAGUAACAGACUGGUGGGUGUAGCUGUGUGUGUUAAGUAAAGGGUAGACUGGAGAAAGGAAGUUGGGCUGAUGUUUGGACAAAGCAUGGUUCUAGUAGCUGUUGUGAGAGGAAAUGACAUUUGAAUAGGGGUUAUAUGAAUUAAUAGGUGGGAUAAACCACGGAGAGAACUAAAAGUUGCUGCAGAUGUGAAAUAACAAUGAGUGCAGCUUGGGUUAUUCCAUAAGGGAGACAUCCAUUUUGUCCCUGUUAAAGUUGCACCUGAACUGAAGUACUCAAAUCAAAUAAGGAAAACGUGUGAUCUAAACGUAUGUUGUGCGUGGGAAUAACAAAGGGCUCGCGUGUACACAUGCAAAGCUUUUAAUGUCAUUUGUACUAUAAUAGGAGUUUUCUUAUCGCCCCUUGCAGGUAUUUUAAAUGCACAGAGGAUGUGUCUUCCUUGGUAUUCAACACACAGAAAAGGAAAAAUAAAAGUCUGAGGAUCACUGCUCUCAUUCAUCUGUUCAUUAUCUCUCUGUUCAGCAAUAGGUUUUCGGUUUGAGAAACCUGUAAAAUUGGAACCUACAAGUGUUUUUUCAAGCUUUAAAAAUAUUAAAAUAAAUGGUUACCCUAUUUUACUUUGCUUAAAGGCAACCUCAGCAAUACAUGGUGAUGUUAAAGGUUCUGAUACUUGUUUUAAGUGUUUUUUUAUAACACUGUUUUUGGUAGUUAUCUUACGGAGUUCGUCUAGUUUAUGUAUACAUUUAAAAAUGCCAAACAGGAAGGAAUCCUUAUACAGAAUCACUGGCCACAUUUACAAACCCCUUGUGCAGGGAAUUGCUUUUUUUUGUAAUAAUAUUUGUACAGGAACUCUCUCAAAAAUAUUACUAUCACACGUACCAUGAUGUAAUCCAAUAUACUUUAUUCAUGUCGUGUGUGUUUUAUAUGUGGUUUAUCUGUCUAAUUGUGCCUGCGUUUAUCCUUUAUCUGUUUAACCACCUUGGUCCAUCUUUAUAACCUCACUAUAUUCUUGAACAGUACAGGAGAGAAUAUCUGUACUGAACAUUUAAAUACUUAUUUACUAGACUGUGGGUUGUUGUUAAUUCACCAAGAAAUUGCCAUUUAAGGGGGAAAAAAUCUGAAAUGGGAAAAUUAAUAAAUAAAUUUUGGCCUUAAAUGUUAAAUUUCCUAGAUUUGUCUCCUACAAAUUCUGGUUCAGUGAUUAUCCCUGAUAGUGUAAGCCUGUAAGGAAUGCCUAAGGUGAGUUAAUUUCGGUCUCUGAAUGAGGGGAAACAAUGAGAGAACAACCAUGAACGGGAUACUGUGGCACAAAUAAAAAUGUCUACAUAUGGAAAAACAUUUUAAGCUGCACACUAGCAACCUCUCUCACGGUCUGUAUUGCUUCCUCCAGUGAAGAGGCCCUGACCUUUAUAGAAGGAUUACAUAGGCAACUCCCCAAAAAAUGUUGAUUUGAAGAAAAGUCUUGAACUUUGCAAUAGUCACAUUAAGUCAGUGCAAUUCCACAAGUUGAGGUUUAGUGAAUAAACCCCAUUAUGUGAUCUUAUUCAACUCUUCGAGCACCACUGAAGUACUGCGCAAUGUAUUGGUGCUAAAAUGUUACGGCUCCAAAUUUCCUUUACGUAUGUUUAUUCUGGGUUCUAAAUCAGUCAUUUCUCUUGUUUGUUUUUUCUCAUUGUUUAUAAUGUUUUGUGAUAUGAAAUAACAUUCUAUCCAUUCUGAGACAUGUCUGUUCCCCACAAAAUCUUUUUUUUAGAUCUCUCACUAAAUGAAAUGAGUUUGUUUUCAUAGGAUAAGGUAAAAAGUUAUGGAUGUGGUAAAAAGCUUUCGAUCAUGCUAAACUUAUUCUGUUAAUAAUUAUUGAUCAGAUCAUAGCCGAUUUUCCUACUAGCCGCAUGUUUACAUUUAGGUUGGUCAGUCCAUGAAAAGGGUUGUUUUUUUUGUUUUGUUUUUUUUUUUAAAGCUGCCUUAGACUGAAUUAGUAUUAAUGUGCUUUUCAUCUGUGUGAAAAUUAUUAAAUGAUUAAUCAAAUAAUUUUAAUCUCUCUUGUGCCCCAUUGUGGUUAACAUGAAUAUUCAAAACAUAAAUUUUUUUUUAUUUUUUUGGGGCAUCCUCAUUCCCUUAUUUUUUUACUGUUUGUUUAACCAGUGAUAGUGAAAGGUCUCUUGGAAGGUCUUUUUCUGGUUUGUGUAACUGGCAACAUUGUUUAAUUUGAGAAUUAUACCUUUUUGUAGGAAUCAAUAAAGAUACAUAUUUCGUCAA